AUGACGUCAGUGAUUCCUAUUGCAGCGUCACCUAUGAAGCGUGCCAACAACUUGAGAUACUCUCACCCCGUGGCUAGUGUCACCUUCAGAGGGACUAAGAAGAAGACAAAAGUCAUCAAGAACAAUCCCAACCCCGUCUGGAAUGAGGGUUUUGAAUGGGAUUUAAAGGGGAUUCCUCUGGACUCUGGAGCAGAGCUGCACUGUGUCGUCAAAGACCAUGAGAAGAUGGGAAGGAACAGGUUUCUGGGUGAAACCCGACUGUCUCUCAGAGAUGUGCUCAACUCUCCAAACCUGGCUGCCUGCUUCACAGUGUCCCUGCUGGACACCAAGAGAAACAACACAGGGGCCACAUUGACCCUGCAGGUUUCCUACAUCCCUCCACCAGGAUCGGCUCCAAUCUUCCAGCCUCCCCCCCAGCAGGAGGUCAUGCCCCAUAACAACCCCAAUGUGGAACUGGACACCGUCACAAUGAUUUCUCUGGACACUCUGGGCGAGGAGGAUACAGAGAGUAUGAUGAUGCUGGAGCCCACAGAAGACCAGGGCCCUGACGACGGACGCUCCAUGGUGAUCGUCGGCACCCAGGGAAAUCAGGGCCAGGAGUCCCCCGCUGCCCAGACUCCCAAACGCUCGCCACCGUCCUACAACACCCAAGGAGGGCUGAGGAAGAGGAGGAGAGGAGCCAGCAGUCAGCCCAAACCUCUGCCCAACAAACCACAGGACAUCCAGAUUCGUGUGCGAGUCAUUGAGGGACGACAGUUGCCCGGCAUCAACAUCAAGCCUGUUGUCAAGAUAACGAUAGCAGGGCAGACCAAGAGGACUCGCAUCAGAAAAGGAAACAACCCAGUGUUUGAUGAGACAUUUUUCCUGAACUUCUUCGAGACUCCGUCAGACUUGUUUGAUGAACCAAUCUUCAUUACUGUGUGUGACUCUCGCUCACUGAGAACGGAUGCUGUGAUCGGUGAAUUCAAGUUGGAUGUUGGCACUGUCUACAAUGAGCACAGACACUGCUUCUUGAGAAAAUGGCUUCUGCUGUGCGACUCCGACGAUCUCUCUGCUGGAGUUAAAGGCUACCUGAAGGUCAGCUUGUUCGUCUUGGCCGCUGGAGACGAGCCACCGGCUGAUAGGCGUGAUUGUGUGGAGGAGAAAGAGGAUAUCGAAGGAAACCUGCUGAGACCAGCUGGUCUGUCUCUGAGAGGAGCCACUUUCACCAUGAGGAUUUUCAGAGCUGAAGACCUCCCACAGAUGGAUGAUGCCUUCAUGGAUGGGAUGAGGCAGGUUUUUGGGUUCGACAGCAACAGGAAGAACUUGGUGGAUCCUCUGGUGGAGGUCCACUUUGCUGGCAAAACAGUCUGCACUAAGAUUCUGGAGAAAAACGCCAAUCCACAAUGGCACCAGAGUCUGACCAUGCCAAUUAGGUUUCCCUCCAUGUGUGAGAAGAUGAGGAUCAGAAUUCUGGACUGGGACAGAGCCAGUCACAAUGAUGUCAUCGGCACUGCCCAUCUGUGCAUGUCUAAGAUCUCCGCCCCAGGAGGAGAAAUAGAUGAUGACUUGUCUCCAGGGACCGUCCAACCUAGCAUUGAUGACAGCCUUGGUUUCCUGCCGACUUUCGGUCCAUGUUUCGUCAAUCUUUACGGCAGCCCCAGAGAGUUCACCGCCUUCAAUGACCCUCAUGAAGCUCUAAAUCUCGGAAAAGGUGAAGGUGUGGCAUACAGAGGUCGAGUUUUAAUGGAACUAACCACAAAACUGGUGGACAAACCCGAGCCAAAAUCUGAAGACAUCCCAUCAGAUGAUCUGCUGGUGGUUGAGAAAUUUCUCAGGAAGAGGAAGUUCUCUCUCUUCGCCGCGUUUUAUUCGGCCACACUCCUCCAGGACGUCGACGACGCCAUCCAGUUCGAGGUCAGCAUCGGUAACUACGGCAACAAGUUCGACUACACCUGCCUCCCUCUGGCGUCCACCACACAGUUCAGCAGGGCCGUGUUUGACGGUUGCCACUACUACUACCUCCCCUGGGGAAACGUGAAGCCGGUGGUGGUUCUGUCGUCAGAGUGGGAAGAUAUCAAACCGAGGAUCGAGGCCCUCAACAUGCUGCUGGCCAUCAUAGAUAGACUGGAGGAGAAUCUGCAACGGGUGCAGCUGGAAGUGAAGGCAGGCAGUGAUCUGGAGGAGGUGGAGCUCCGAGUGGUUGAGAUGCUGGAACAGGUCAUUACAGACUGCAGUGAAGAGCUUCCCUCUCUCGACCAGUGGCAGUGCGUGACCCCUCUGGAUCAGUCAUUGAGGCACAUUCGUACUCUGCACCUGCAACAGAUUGUCGCGGCGGCGCUGGCUCUCAAACACGGGCCGGCCACUGAUCUCUCCACAGUGCUGGAUCAGGCGGAGGACUGGGCCAACCGGCUGAGAUCCAUGGCCGAGGAGCCCCAGAACAGUCUUCCAGACAUCGUGAUUUGGAUGCUGCAGGGCGACCGCAGGGUGGCGUACCACCGGAUCCCAGCACACACCGUACUCUUCUCCCAGCAGAACUGUGGGAAACAGUGCGGACAGCUGCAGACCGUCUUACUCAAGUACCCGCAGGGCAGCGGUGCAGAAGCCAAACUUCCCGGCCAGCUGAGGGUCAAAGUCUGGUUCGGAUUGGCUGCUGACGUCAAACACUUCAACCAAUACGCUGAAGGAAAGCUGUCCGUCUUUGCUGAAACGUAUGAGAACCAGACCCGGCUCGCCCUGGUGGGCAACUGGGGGACUUCAGGUCUGACGUACCCCAAGUUCAGCGACGUCACCGGAAGAGUGAAACUGCCCAAAGAGAGUUUCAAACCUUCACCUGGCUGGACCUGGGCCGGGGACUGGUGCAUCAGCCCUGAGAAGACUCUGCUGUUUGACGUGGACGCCGGUCACAUGACCUUCUCGGAGGAAGUGUUUGAAAACCAGAUGAGAUUACCGGGUGGACAGUGGAUCGGCAUGCCGGAGGGUUACACUGAUGUGAACGGGGAGAAAGCGGUGCCGAAAGACGAGGUGGAGUGUCCUCCUGGUUGGGUGUGGGAGGAGGUGGAGUGGAGCGAGGACCUCAACAGAGCUGUGGAUGAUCAAGGCUGGGAGUACGGCAUCACCAUCCCUCCGGACCGCCGGCCUAAGUCCUGGGUACCAGCCGAGAAGAUGUACCACACCAACCGACGAAGACGGUGGAUACGGAUGAGACGGCGAGACCAGCAGAAGAUGGACGCCCUCCGAAAGCAGCGUCCGGAUGAGACGGAGAGGGAGGGUUGGGAGUAUGCCUCGCUGUUCGGCUGGAAGUUCCACCUUAAGCCGAGGAAGACGGACAGCUUCAGGAGGCGCAGGUGGAGGUGUCGAAUGGAGCCGCUGGAGAAGACGGGACCGGCCGCCAUCUUUGCUCUGGAGUGCUCUCUGAGCAGUAUAGAGGACAAGAGCGAUGACAAGUCGGUCACAACCACUUUUGGAGUUAACCGACCGACGAUUUCCUGCAUCUUUGAUCGUGGCACGCGUUACCACUUGCGCUGCUACCUCUACCAAGCCAGAGACCUGCUGGCCAUGGACAAAGACAGCUUCUCAGACCCGUACGCCAUCGUCUCCUUCCUCCAUCAGUCCCAGAAGACGGUGACGGUGCGUAACAGCCUCAACCCCACCUGGGACCAGACGCUCAUCUUCUACGAGGUGGAGAUUUUUGGCGACCCCGAAGUCGUGACGGCCAGUCCGCCCAACGUGGUGGUGGAGUUUUACGACCAGGAUACCUACGGUGUGGAUGAGUUCAUGGGCCGCUGUGUGUGCCAGCCCUCCUUCAUUUCCUCCCCUCGUCUGGAGUGGUUCCCGAUACACAAAGGGGAGAAGAACGCCGGCGAGCUAUUGGCCGCAUUCGAGCUCAUACGCAGAGAUAAGCCAGCAGUUCACUAUAUUCCAGGUCAAGAGGGAGACAUCGUGACCUCCUCCAGUGUCCUAGAUGAGUUAAUUCUUCCAGGAUUCCUCUCUGAAAACCUGCAGGAAUGGCCGGAGGAGUCGGACCUCCCGUAUCCGCCCCCUCAGAGAGAGCCCAACGUCUUCGUGGUUCCUCAGGGCAUCAAACCUGUUCUGCAGAGAACCGCCAUCGAGAUCUUAGCGUGGGGCGUUCGUAACCUGAAGAGUUUCCAGCUGGCCACCGUUUCCUCUCCGAGCCUGCAGGUGGAGUGUGGAGGCGCCAUGGUCCAGAGCUGCUUCAUCCGCAGCAUGAAGAAGAAACCCAACUUUGACGUCAACAUGCUCAUCCUUGAUGUGAGACUUCCCUGCGAGGAGCUCUACAUGCCGCCGAUCGUCAUCAAAGUCAUCGACAACCGUCAGUUUGGGAGGAAGCCCGUGGUCGGUCAGUGCACCAUCCGCUCGCUGGAGGAGUACCGGUGCAGCCCGGAGGACGAAGGAGGGGAUGUGGAGGUGGAAGCAGGGAGAGGUGAUUUGCCGCAGUUCAGCGGAGACGUUCUGAUCGACAUCGACGAUCAUGAGCCGCUCAUAUCUGACCAGCUCGCAGACGGAGCCGGUUCAGCUAUCAUUAACCUUUCCACCUCUAGUUCCAGCCUUCAUGCAGAAGAGUUCAUGGACUGGUGGAGUAAGUUUUACGCCUCGAUUGGAGAGAAAAACAAGUGCGGGACUUACCUGGAGAGAGGCUUUGACACGUUGAAGGUGUAUGACCGGGAGUUAGAGAAGGUCAACGGCUUUGAGGGUCUCUCCGAUUUCUGUCAAACAUUCAAACUGUACAGAGGAAGGAUGAAGGAUGAAGGAGAAGAUCCGUCAGUGGUGGGAGAGUUCAAGGGUAUGUUUAAGAUCUACCCCCUGCCAGACGACCCCUCCGUCGCCGCCCCGCCCAGACAGUUCAGAAAGCUUCCUCCCAACGGCAUCGAGGACUGUUUGGUCCGAGUCUACAUCAUCCAGGCUGAAGGGCUGCAGCCCAAAGAUACACAUGGGAAGUGUGAUCCAUAUGUGAAGAUCACGUUGGGGAAGAAGACGAUCAAUGACCAUGAAAACUACAUCCCCUGUACUCUGGACCCCGUCUUUGGAAAGUUGUUCGAGUUGAACUGUUCGCUCCCCGUGGAGAAGGACCUGCAUGUGAUGGUGUACGACCACGACAUGCUGACCAAAGACGACAAGAUCGGAGAGACGGUCAUCGACCUGGAGAACCGCUUCCUGUCCAAAUACGGAGCCAUGUGUGGCCUGCCGCAGUCCUACUGUGUGUCGGGGGUAAACCAGUGGCGAGACCAGCUGACACCGAGGCAGCUGCUGUACAAAGUGUGCGAGCGACGGAACCUGCGAAAGCCCGUCUACAGAAACGAAGUCGUCUACUUCAGAGGAGACGAAUACACCGCUGCAGACCUCGAAGACAAACACAUGUCCAAACGUCAUCUUGGCUCAAUCGAGGAGCAACUGGCCCUCCACAUCUUGAGGAAACUGGAACUGGUACCCGAACAUGUGGAGACGAGACCCCUGUACAGCCCGCUGCAACCUGACAUAGAGCAGGGUCGUCUGAUGAUGUGGGUGGACGUGUUCCCCAAAUCGAUGGGACCGCCGGGACCCCCGUUCAACGUCACACCCCGCAAGGCUAAGAAGUUUUUCCUGCGUUGCAUCAUCUGGAACACCAGUGAUGUCAUCCUGGACGACGUCAGCAUCAGCGGGGAGAAGAUGAGCGACAUUUAUGUGAAAGGCUGGAUGGACGGACACGAACACAACAAGCAGAAGACCGACGUCCACUACCGAUCUCUGGGCGGAGAGGGAAACUUCAACUACAGAUUCCUGUUUCCCUUCCACUAUUUACCUGCUGAGCAACUGUGUGUCGUCGACAGGAAGGCACAUUUCUGGAGUUUGGAUAAAGCCGAGACUAAACUGCCUCCUAAACUGACCAUCCAGAUCUGGGACAACGACAAGUUCUCCUUUGACGACUACCUCGGUCACCUGGCGAUGGACCUGAACCACAUGCUGCGUCCGGCCAAGUCUCCGGAGAAGUGCACCCUGCAGCUGUUGGAGCAGCCGGCAGAGAAACUGGUGUCUCUGUUUGAGCAGAAGACCGUCAAAGGAUGGUGGCCCUGCACCUGUACCCAAAACGGAGAGAAGAUCAUCGCUGGGAAGGUGGAGAUGUCUCUGGAGAUCGUGACAGAACACGAUCAAGAGGAGCGACCGGCUGGGAUCGGCAGAGAUGAACCCAACAUGAACCCUCACCUGGAGGAACCUCAGCGUCCAGAGACUUCCUUCCUGUGGUUCUCCUCCCCAUACAAGACUCUCAGGUUCAUCCUAUGGAGGCGCUUCAAGUGGUUGAUCAUCCUCUCCAUCUUCCUCUUCUUCAUCUUCCUCUUCAUCGGCGUCUUCCUCUACUCCUUCCCGAACUACGCUGCCAUGAGGAUGGUGGGACCUUUCGGACCAGCCAAGGGAACACAGUGAUGACGGGAGCGUGAGGAGGAGAGGCGAACACGAACAAGCUGACACAACGAAGAACGAUGUCGAGUUUCGGAAGCUGAACUGAUUUUACGUUCAGGGGCGGCCAAUUACGAGCCAUCCGGGCCUCGUAAAUAAAACGUCACUUUAACUCUCAAGCAGCUCGUUCGUGGGACAGAGUUUUUGGGUAACCGGUUGUCCUGCCAGGUCAGAGUGAAGGCUUAGCGAGAAAAGAGAGAGUUCUGUAACUACUGCUAAAUGUCGCACUACUUUACCUUCUCAAGUUUACUUUUUUGAGGAACUUGCUGGUUGUCAGAUGUCAGCAUUUGACUCUUGUAAUUUAGGACCUAAGAAAGAGUUCAAAUACCUGCAAAAAAACAAAAGAAGACUUGAGAGAGAAAAAACACUAAAAACUAAAAGAAGGAGAAGUUAGUGCUUUGAUUUUUAUUAAAAUAUUUUUUUCAGGGAUUUAUAAACUAUACGCCGUCACUACGUUGUUUAUGCAUCAUUUUGGUAUCUGUAUCUGAGUGUUUGUAGCAGCAGGGAUUAGAAAAGUGUUUCAGGUGUGCACCGAGAACUAAAAUACACCAAAUACGGUUGGUUAUGUGACAAAAAAAAAAAAACAUGUUUUCGGUAGCAUUUUCUCAAAUUUGUGUCUUUAUCAUUCACAUCUUUGCUUUGACUUUGACUGUAGUCACGCCACAUCUAAAUACACACAGUUUGUGGAUGUGUUCUGAUACAAGGCUGAGCCGAAAUGUUUGUUACAUUCAUUUAAACUGUUAGUUUGACCUGAAAAUGUGUUCGCUUGAUCCAAAAAUGUACAAAAUACAGCAUUUUUCCAAUGGUGGGACAAAUGCUAGCAUGCUAACAUGCUAAAUAAGAUGGUGAACCUGGUAAAAAUUAGACCUGCUUUGACGUCAGCAUGUUAGCAUUGUUAUUUUGAGCAUGCUAGCCUGCCAACAUUAGCAUUUAGCUCAAUGUACUAGCAUGCUAACAUGCUAAAUAAUAUGGUGAACCUGGUAAACGUUAGACCUGCUUUGACGUCAGCAUGUUAGCCUGCCGACAUUAGCAUUUAGCUCGAUGUACUAGCUAGCCUACCUAACAGUGCCAAUAGCAUGGCUGUAAACUCUUGUUCAUAAAUGUGUGAUUCCACUUUUCCAAUGACUCUAAUGUUUAGAGAGAGGAGCCAGUGCCAGGUUAAUGAGAUACAUUUACUUUUUAAUACACUGAGUUAGUCUUUAUAUACUGUAGCUUUAUAUAUUUCAGAGAGCUUCAAGCAACCUGCUGAUAUAAAAUCCUCAAGCCUUAAAAUGGAAACAUUGUUCAUUUAGACAAUCCUGCUGUAACCUCUAAUUCAUUUUAUUAUCAAGAAGCCUUGAGAUGCCUUUGUACUGCGAAGUUGCCUUGUGUUAUUCCUGUCAGUAAACGCCACAUGCCUUUAGCUAUUAGCUUUGAUGCCUUGACGUAUAUAUGACUACUUGCUGCUCUAUAGCGUUAAUUAAAACAGAAGCCAAAAAAACACCAACUUUCUCCUCUAAGACCUUAUUUAUUUGCCUUAUUGUGGUCUUUAUGAAGCUUAAAACAGCUUAAAACAUGUGCCGCCCCUCGAACAUUUACAUUAUUGCUGUUGUAAAUGUUUUUUUUAAAGUUGUAAUUCAGCUAUUAAUUAAAUGAAAGAGAAAAAAUACACUAAUAGCCUAGGUUCACAACUUGAAAUACUCACUGCUGACCCAAACUCUAAUCAAUGAUGUUCAUCAGUUAUCAAUACCAAAAAAAAAAUAUGCGGUGACAUCAUUGGUUGAGGUUGUGAAAGGACUGAAACAUGCUUGAAAGUUAAAGUUUUCAUGUGUAACUUUUAUUUUUUUGACAGUUUUUCUUGUUUUUUUGUUUUGUUUUUUAAUUACAUGGUCCUUUAGGGUCCAAUAAAUUAGCCUUUUUCUUUUCAGAUAUUAAGGCUGUUUUAUAUAUGUGGUAUACAGCAUGGUUUGCUAAUCUGAAAAUAUUUACUUUUGUUUUUUUUUUAAACUGCUUAAAGUUGACAUUUUUGACUUUACAAACAAAGUAAUAUUUUCUCUAUUAUUCUUUUUUUUUUUUUUUUUGCUAAAGCGGACUGAUUUACGCUCUGGAAAUAUGCUGCACUACGCCUUAGCUUUAAACACAAGCUGCUUUAUGCUUAAAAAAAAAAACUGCACAUAAUCUUUGUUGGUGAAACUGAACUGGAAACAAAAUCUGGUUUUAAAUCCAGUUUGUGUUGUUUUGUUUUUUUGUUGUUUGUUGUUUUUGCAUCCACAGCACCGUGAACAAAUCCCCUUUUAUUGCUUAUUGUAAAUGGUGAUUGAUCAUAACUGACAGUAUUGAUGAUAUUUUGGGUCUUCUGUGACACAAACUGAAUGUAUUCUCAAUAUGAGUUCAUAUCCUACAAAGAGCAAUACUGUUGUGCACUGCAUUAUCACUAUCAGUAUUAUCAAUAAAACUUCAUU